AAAAGGGACGCUCGGUCGCUGGUUUUUCGACCCCCCCCCUCUUUUUACGAAGCCACCAACAUGCCACUACCUUCAACCUCAUCGUCUGGCUCGUUCUCUGACAUAUCCUCUUCAUUGCCUAACGUCGUUGCAUCGUCUCCAAAGCGCCUUUCAUCAUCCUCAGCAACGUCAUCCGCAAACGACAAACUCCUCCUUACCGUCGUCGCCACUCCCACCAAACGACCCCGACCUAUACCUAAUUCUUAUUGGGCCACACCUCUGCUUCUCGCUUGCGAGUACCCAUGGACGCCCAAAAACCCUUACAAACCCAAAUUGGACGCUCUCCUUCUCGCAGGGGUCAGAACAUUCAUCGACCUUACAGAAUCCGGUGAAUUGUCACCGUAUUACACCGAGCUCAGUAACAACAAUGUCCUCUACCACCGAGCUGCGCGUCUCGGUAUUCCUCCAUCUGAAAUCCAAUACCACCGCUUCCCCAUCCGAGACCGGUCUUUACCCUCGUCCUUUGCAUUACUCCACUCUAUCCUUUCCUGUCUUUCGGAAAACUCCAAGGCCGGCCGAAUUUCCGCUGUUCAUUGUCGUGGUGGAAUUGGUCGUACGGGGAUGGUUAUUGGAUGCUGGCUCGUCCAGAGUGGUGUUGCGAGAGAUGGGGAGGGAGCGUUGGAGAUUAUUAGUAGGGAGUGGAGAGGGGUGGAGAAGUGUAAGCGGUAUCCAUGUAGCCCUGAGACUGGUGAGCAGGAGGAGUAUGUGAGGGGAUUCAAGAAGGAGGUCUGUGAUGGGCUUGCUGGGGCGGUUGACCUCGUUGUUGUUAGUCGACGUAGCAUGGGUCAGGAUCUCCGGCUUUCUCAUGGCACUAUCUGAUUAUGCAAAGGCCGAGGAGUGCACGUUCCAAGCUAAACCUUUUGCAUACGCAUCGAGGACCGCAUUACCACUUGAUAUCAUUCCUUAUUAUCGUCGGAGAGUGUCUUGGCUGAUUUGUGGGCUUUUCUUUCUCUGGGUAAGGCUUCUUAUCGCAACCAACACGUCUUUCUUUUUUCACGCAUACUUCGAUACCAUCAUUUUUUUCCACUCACUCUACAUAUUAUUUAUUUCAUAUGGACCACUCUUGGAAGACUCUGGCGUCGUCAGCUUUCCUACCAACUUCGAUCCCUAGUUGAUGAAGGACACUCAGUUGCGCAACUCUCCCUUUCUUUCGAGUAAAAUCUCUGCUUACGCAUCAUCGUCAUGACUACGUACGAUUACACUAUACUACUUAUAGCUGCUGGAACAUCUUGGAUAUCUCUUUUUGGUCUCUAUGUUUGCGACGGCUCGAUUUGCUUCUCAUGAUCAUUGUUUGUAUCGGUAGAUCUGUACGAAUUCCAUCGUCUGACUGUUUAGGAUUUUAUCUUUGUGCGUGGCUCUCCUGGACGUUACUGUAUUGCAUGUAUGUUCUAUUGCCUCGCAAUUCGUAUACAACUUGAAGUAUGGCUUUCCUACAUUUUAGCGUGC